UGGCAGCUGCUCCACGGCACGGCCAUUGCGCAUGUCGCCGCAAUUCUGGCAUCGGCAUCCGAGUGUUGAAUCAGCUGGUUAGAAUGCUGGCUGUCAUCGUCGAACGCCAUCUUCACCUUCCCUCCGCAUCUUAAAUAAACCACAACGCGGAUAGCAAUGGAAGGCAGAACCAGCCCACAGCGAUAACCCGUCUGUGAUAACGAACGCUGUAGAUAGUUGUUAAGCCAUCAGCAACCUCUAGUGCUGCAGUCAUGUACCGUUUCUCGCUUUACCGUCUAGUGGUGGUGUUGUGUGUGAUAACCAUCAGCUACACUACCGUGCGCUGGUGGCAACUUAUGUUUGGAAAUGAUUCCGGUAGUGGUCAACCGUUUCAACACACCUGUAACAUGACCGAACCGUACCGUCACGAGCUGGAGCGACUGUUCGAAAGGGUACACCGGUUGCUGGCGCAGCACGGUCUGACGCACUUUCUCUGCUACGGUACACUCUGGGGUCAGAUACGCAUGGCACGGAUGCUGCCGUGGCGGGAAAAGGCCGAAUUCUGUGUACUGAACGAUGAGCUAAUGCGCCACGAGGAGGCCCGAUUCAUUCGCAGUUUCCUCGCGAACCAAAUGGAGAUACGCUAUAUUCACUCGGAAGGUAUCUAUCGGAUAUUUGCGAACGAACCUGCAUCCGUUACCUUGCCACCCUUUGUCGAGCUGAUCGUAUUCCAGCUUGAUGAGACACAACGAAUGUACAAACGCGUUGGAUGGAAACGGAGGAUACUUCCACCGCACUGCGACUGGACACCGUCGCUGGAUUGCUUUCCGAUGAACCUGCUGCAGGGCUCCUUACCUAGCCGGCCUCUGGGUCCCUCAUCCUACAUCGUCCCGAUGGGCGGCAUCGAAUUACAAAAGUACCACUACCCAGACAAUUGGUGGAAGGACGUGAAGGAGCGUAAUUGCAAUCUCAACUAGAACAGCAGCGAACAGCAUUCCAUCAAGAGACAGACAAGUACCUUCACCGGAACGAGGUUUCCUUUCGUUUUCGCAGUAAUUUUGUGGGAACAUUAGUGAAAACAAUAAGCCACAAAAGCCAACAAGCAACGUUUGCUCAGAAGAACGCAGAUACUCUCGGAAGCCUGUCGUUCGCUUUAGGAUUAUCAUUUCUUUCCAGGAUCGUUUUUUUUCUUUCUCAACGUUGGAACCACUUUUUUCUCUACCGCUACUGGCCAAAUAAAUGCCAACAAACAUAUCUCACUCGA